AUGUCGAACCGUCUCAGCUACGCGAGCCUCCAGAGCCACGUAGGCGCGUUAUUGACGACAGGCCGUACACACUUUGGCAAGACGUCCCAUGGCAGAGACUGGAAGGACGGGGUGUUCUCGGCCGCGACGGAGGCCUGGUUCGAAGUUCUGGCACAGCAGGACGACUUCCUUGCUCGGUCGGCCAACAUCAGAGCUCGGUUUACACGCGACAAAGAGAGAGUCUCUUUCCUGGGGAGCGACGUAACCUUCGCCCUUCUGGCGGAGACGUUGCUUGGCACAGAAGUUUACAACCAGGCAAUCAGUGGCGGAAACGAGAAGGACGACCCGUGGCAUCUUGGAGGGGCAUAUGGCGCGGUUCUCGUUGACGCAGGAACCGGUUGUACACUCCAGCAGCUCACCAGAGAACUCGCGGGGAUGCGGAACCUUGCAGGGGUGGACGGUGUUAAGCGAUACGCCGCAACUCUGCAGGCGCUGACGCACGCCUGGCCAUAUCUGUCCUCGAGGCGGCGCCAUGUCGUGUAA